AUGUCUAAAAAGGAUGAAUUGAGCAUGAUGGGAGAACUAAACUAUUUUUCGGGUUUACAAGUUAAACAGAAUAAAAAUGGACUUUUUAUAAACCAAGGAAAAUAUGUUAAAGAUCUCUUAAACAAAUUUGGUUUUAGUGACUGCUCACCUAUGAAAACUCCUAUGGGAACUGGUGACAAGUUGGGUGAAGAUAACGAAGGUAAAUCUGUUGACAUCACAACUUAUAGGGGUAUGAUAGGCUCAUUACUUUACUUAACUGCUAGUAGACCAGAUAUCAUGUUUGUUACAUGUCUCUGUGCAAGAUAUCGAGCUAGUCCUAAGGAAUCACAUCUUAAGGAUAUGAAAAGAAUCUUUAAAUACCUUAAAGGAUGUAAGAUGGAUAGAAAGAGUACUCCAGGAGCUUGUCAAUUGCUUGGUAACAGACUUGAAGCUGUUGCUCAUAAGUUCUAUGGAUGCAGUAUCAGCUUCAAGACUAUGGUGUUACUACCUCAAAAACUCCAAUUUUCUGUGACAACUCCAGUGCCAUAG